AUGGGGGAUCAAUAUUCAUAUUACUAUCAGCUUCAACAAGAAGAGGCACAAAGACAACAGCAACAACAUCAAACACCGUCAUAUGACUAUUCAUCUUACCAUCAAGAUCAGCAACAACUCCAGCAACCAUAUGGAUAUGGAGGCCAAACCACUUCUAGUGAUGGUUAUGGACCAUCAUACGUAGAUCCAACAUAUCAGCCUCAACAAUCUUCGACUAGUUCAUAUGAUUAUUCUCAGCAACCAUCUUCGACGGGCUCAUAUGAUUAUUCUCAACAAAAUAAUAAUAAAGGAUAUGACCAAUAUUCAAACUAUAAUCAGCAAUCGAAUACUUCAUCAUCUACAUCCUACUCAGGUUACAAUACAUCACCAUCAGCUUCAUACGACUAUUCUCAACAUCAAACCUCAACUCCAACCUCAACACCAUCAUAUGAUUAUUCCCAACAACCAGGUACAUAUAAUACAUCGUCAUCGUCAUCAUCACAAUACAAUACAUAUUCACAACCAGUUACCAGCAAUACAACCUCGUCACUUCAAACAUUAUCAUAUGAUUAUUCCCAACAACCAGGUACAUAUAAUACAUCAUCACCAUCAACAACAUCACAGGCACCAGAAUUAUCUGGUCAAACAUCAAAGUAUACAAGAAGUCAAUCAUUUAGAAAUAUUGAAAAUUUCCAAAAACAUCAGUCACUUUCAACAUCAGUAACCUCUUCACCAAUUCAAAACUAUAGUGCAAAUAGAAAUUCAUGGGGUUAUGACCAAGGAAAUUCUUAUCAACAACAGCAACAACAAUCACCAACCUCAUCAACAUACGAUUACUCUCAACAGCAAAGAUCUAGUACACCAACAGCUUCAUCAUAUGAUUAUUCGCAGCAACAAACCACACCACAACCAGGCACAUAUGACACUAGUAGUAGACCAGUUUCAACUUCAUAUGACUAUUCACAACAAGGCAGUACACUUUCAGCAUCAUCACCAUCUACACCAUACAACUAUUCAAGACCUGUAUCAGGAUCAUAUGACUAUUCACAACAAACCCAACAACAGCAAUAUGACUACUCACAACAACAACAACAGCAACAACAAUACCAAGAUAGUUUAAAACAAUAUAGAGAAGAGGAGGAAAAAAGAAGAAAAGAAUAUGAAGAGUCAUGGAGGGUUUAUUAUGAACAAAAAGCUGCACACGAAAAAGAACAAGAAAGAUUAAGAAAUGAAGAGAUGGAAAGAAUUAGAAUUCAACAUGAACAAGAAGCAGCUCGUUUAAAGAGUGAAUUAGAUAAGCAAAGGGACGAGAUUGAAAACAUGAGAAAUAAACUAAUUCAACAACAAGAAGAAACAAAAAAAAAGGGUGCAGAAAGUCAAUUCCAAAUAGAGCAAGCUAAAAAGAGUGCAUUAGAAUGGCAACAAGAAGAAAUGAAGCGUCAAAUGAUUGAGGUUCAAAAAGAGAGGGAGUUAAACAGAAAACAUGAAGAACAGGUUAGAUUAGCACUUUUAGAAGAGCAAAAAACAAUGAAAGAGAAGUUAGUCAAACAAGAAGAAAGUUUAAAGGUUCAACAAAAGUCAUUCCAAUCAAAGAUCCAACAAGAUGAAGAAAAGAGAAAACAAGAGCAAGAAAGAAAGAAUCAAGAAAUGAAGCAACGUGAGGUUGAUCUCUUAAAUAAAAACAAGGAGUUGGAAGAAUUAAAGAGUAAAUUAAAUAGUGACCUUAGCUCGACCAAUAAACAAAAAGAAAUGUUGCACAAACAAAAGGAAGAUUUGGAGAACAAGAAUCGUAUUGAAAAAGAGCAAAUCGAAAAGUAUAAGCAAAUGAUUGAAAUGGAAGCAAGCAAAAAGAGAAAUGAAAUAGAAAUGAUCCGUCAAAAUGAAGAGAAAAAGCUAAAAGAACAACAAGAUCAUCUUAAUCGUCAAAAGGAACUUAUUGCUGUUCAAGAAAAAGAAUUAUCGGUUCAACAACAAAAUGCAAAGGGUGUUAUUGAUUCUCUUCAACCAAUGAGGGAUAUGCUGGCAGUAAUGAACAUUGGUGGUAACAAUAACAAUGACAAUACAAAUCUGACCCCAUCUAAAUUUUCAACUGCUGCAACCAAUACUCCAACUACACCUUCACCACCAACAAAUAAAGUACCAGUUGUUCCAAGCAAACCAACAAAUUUACCAAGAUUAAAUCAACAACAACAACAACAACAACAACAACAACAACAACAACAACAACAACAACAACAACAACAGCAACAACAGCAACAACAACAACAAUUACCACCAAAAACCUCAACUCCACCAUCACAAGCACCACCAGCACCACCAGCACCACCAGCCAAAAUUAUCCCAAAGAGUUAUUCAGAAAAAGAAUUAAAUACAAUCGUUAAUGGUUAUAAAUUUGGUGAUAUUGUUCGUGUUCAAAGAGUUAGUAGAAAGUGGCUUGCUAGAAAGAAAUUCAAAGAUUUAGUAAAGAUGAAAUUAGUAUCAAAUGAUCCAGAAACUGAAAAUCAAAGAAAAAGAUACAAGUCAGUUAAUGAAUUAUAUACUACCGAGCUAUCUUAUUUAAAUUCAUUAUUUGUAUUACAAGACUUUUACUUUAUUCCAAUGCAGGUUGAGGCAAAGGUAACUAAAUUAUUUAAGAGUGAAGAAAUUAAUAAAGUAUUUUCCAACCUUAGAAGUAUCGUAACCAUUAGUAGCGAACUUGCACAUUUGUUAGAGGAAAGACUUUCACAACAACCAAUUUUAAUCGGUGAUAUUUUUGUUAAAUUUGCACCCAUUUUCAAAAUUUAUGUAGAAUAUGUCAAUAAUUUUGAUGUUGUCACACCACAAUUAAAAACAAUGAUUGAAAAUCCACAAUGUACAACUUUCUUUGCAGAGCAAAGAAAAAAAUCUAAAGUAACAGCAGAUAUCAACUCCUUAUUAAUUAUGCCUGUACAACGUGUUCCAAGAUACGAGUUAUUAUUAAGAGAAAUUUUAAAAUACACCAAUGAGGAUCAUAUUGAAUAUAAAAAUAUUAAAACUUCAUAUGGUGCCAUCAAAAAUAUCAACAAGUAUAUUAAUGAUAGAAAAAAGAAUGUCGAUAAUAGAGCAAAAUUAUUAGAGUUACAAAAAGAAAUUAAAGGUGCCCCAGGAUUGAUGGAAUCUCAUAGAUAUUUCGUUAGAGAGUCUCCAUGUAACAUUUCAUCAAACAAAAAAGGAGAAAGUGGUGGUUUUUAUUUAUUCUUUUUUAACGAUAUGAUAUUGGUCACCAAAAAGUCAAAUCUUUUUUCAAAAUACAAAUAUACCUACACUAUUCCGUUAUUAAAUGUUGAUAUUAAGGAUAUCAGUUCAAAUGAUUCAAUGAUCCGUAUUAUUGUUGGCUCACUUGACUCCAUUGACGUUUUAAUUUAUACUAUUUCACUUCCAACAAAGAAAGAUAAAGACAUUUGGUUAGUUGACCUCAAUAAUGAGACCAAGCCAAAAGAAAAAAUGAUUAAAAUAGGUGAAUAUUCAUCCUCUCAAUUACUAGCAUCCCAACAACAAUUUUCAAAGCAAUAAUAGUGUUUC